GAUACCGCCCGGAGCAGCCGCCCGAAAUGCGCCCGCGCGGCGACUCCAGCUGCGGCCCCUCUAGAGCCGGCAGCGCUGGGCGAGGAGCGGCGGCGGCGGGCGAGUAGCGGCAGCGGUACCUCGUCCCGGGGCGCGGCUCUCGGCCGCAGCCGAGCCCUGCCGCCGCCGCCGCCGCCGCCAGCAGCAGUCGCGUAAGAUGCGCCUCCAGGCAGGCUGGGGGAUGUGCUCUUCCCCCUUCUCCUGGGGAGCCGCGCUCUCCCCAAGAGAGCCGGAGCCAUGAGUGCCGCUGGGGCUCCCCGCCGCGCCCCGCGCUACACAUCCGCGCUAAGCAGAGCGGGACUUUCCGCCUACCACCGCCGUAAAACCACGAGACACCCGCAGCCGGGAGGUGCGCAUAGGGCUGUAAAAUGGAUUUAGGAUUGAAAGACCAUAACAACAGGACAUCUACCAAGAACACCUCCGCUACUACAAAGAAUUUUUCUGCCUGGGAAGACUAUAAGAGUAGUGUUGAUGACAUACAGUACUUUCUUAUCGGGCUGUACACACUUAUAAGUCUGGCUGGCUUUAUGGGAAAUCUGCUUAUAUUAACAGCUCUACUAAAGCGUAAACAGAAGACAAUAAUAAAUAUACUCAUUGGUAACUUGGCCUUUUCUGACAUCUUGGUUGUGCUGUUUUGUUCACCUUUCACACUGACAUCAGUCCUGCUUGACCAAUGGAUGUUUGGCACUGUCAUGUGCCAUGUAAUGCCCUUCCUCCAGUGCGCCUCGGUUCUAGUUUCAACUUUGAUGUUAAUAUCCAUUGCUGCAGUCAGGUACCGUAUGAUAAAAUAUCCCCUUUCCAGCAGUUUAACACCAAAACAAGGCUAUUUCUUAAUACUGACCAUUUGGGCCUUCGGCUUUGCAAUUUGCUCCCCUCUGCCAGUAUUCCACAAAAUAGUGGACCUCAGCAAAACUCUGAAUUUAGAGGCACUGGAGAACAGGCUUUUGUGUAUUGAGUCAUGGCCUUCCGACUCGUACAGAAUUGCCUUUACCAUAGCUUUAUUGUUCAUGCAGUACAUACUGCCACUGGCAUGUUUAACUGCUAGCCACACCAGUGUCUGCAGGAGCAUAGGGUCCAGGCUGUCAAACAAGGAAAACAAGUUUGAAGAAAAGGAGAUGAUAAACCUAACUCUUCAUCCCUCUAAGAGUACCAGCACACAGGUGCAGCCCUCUGGCCAUUCUAGAUGGAGAUGUGCAUUUGGCAGAAAGCACCACAGAAGAUACAGUAGAAAGCUUUCAAGUGUGAUGCCAGCUAUUUCAAGGCAUCAUCAGGAUACUCAUUCCAGAGACAUCCCAGAAAGCUCUGGCACAGAAAAAAGCCAGCUCUCAUCCUCUAGUAAAUUCAUCCCUGGGAUACCUAUCUGUUUUGAGAUGAAACCAGAAGAAAAUACAGAGAUCCAGAGCACGAUUAUGGUAUCCCGAUCCAUUGUCAGAAUUAAGACAAGAUCUAGGAGAGUUUUUUGCAGAUUGACAGUGCUAAUCCUAGUUUUUGGUUUCAGUUGGAUGCCUCUUCACCUUUUCCACAUUGUGACGGAUUUUAAUGCCACUCUCAUUUCUAACAGACAUUUUAAAUUAGUGUAUUGCAUAUGCCAUUUGCUGGGUAUGAUGUCCUGCUGCUUGAAUCCCAUCCUCUAUGGGUUUCUUAACAACAGCAUAAAGGCUGAUUUAAUGUCCCUUAUUCCAUGCUGCCAAAUACCAUGAUUUUAUGUGCCCCAAGAUAAUAUCAAACAAACAAGUCUGGCUUUCAAGCCUACUGACGUGUAGCUGUAAAAGCUGUAAUAGUUUAGUUUAGUUAGUCUGACAUGGUUGUAAUUAGUAGCAUUUUGUGCCAAAGGAUAGUUCUAAGGCUGCAUGUAUUUCUUGCAUUGGGCAGAAAUAUAUACAUAUGUUAUAAUAUUCUUCUAUCUGUUAACACACAGGAAAUCCUGCCAAGUGUACCAAAGCAGUGUACCAUUUUCAUUACCUGAAAUAUUGGCAAUCUGUACUUUGGAAUGAUACAGAAUAUUUAAUGAGUAAUAAAUGUGAGACAGACAACUUGGACAUAUUAACUGUCAUAAAACUAUAAUAAAAUGCAUACCAUUUCCUAAAUAA